AACGUCGGUCGUAUCAUCCGCCCACUCGCUUUGCGCUAGGAUGCCUGCUUUGUGAAUGAUUUAGCUCGAAUCGCCCAAUUAAGUCCUACGAACUAUACAAUGGGGUUUCCGAAGCUGAAACUUCCUCGCGCAGACCCAAAUCAACAAUUUAAGGAUGAAACGGACUCAAGGCCGUCGGAGGCCGCGCUCCGCGGAAGCGCGGAUGGGGGCGAGCAUCUGGUAGACACCAAAAUCCCAUUUCUAACAUGGCGAUCCUUUGUGAUGUGUAUAUUUAUCUCAAUGGGUGGUUUUCUGUUUGGCUAUGAUACCGGUCAGAUCUCGGGUUUUCUAGAGAUGGAGAAUUUCCUAAAGCGUUAUGGUGAACAAAAGUCCGACGGCACUUAUUUCUUCUCCAACGUUCGGUCGGGCCUCAUCGUUGCUCUGCUGUCAGUUGGCACACUCAUUGGCGCAUUGGUGGCAGCGCCCAUCGCCGAUCGUGUUGGUCGCAAAUGGUCUAUUAGUGGCUGGUGUGUGAUACUUUGUGCGGGCAUCACUGUCCAGAUCUCAUCCCCGACGGGAAAAUGGUACCAGGUUGCUCUGGGUCGUUGGGUUGCUGGUCUCGGCGUGGGGGCCUUGUCUCUCCUUGUCCCUAUGUAUCAAGCCGAGACUGGUCCAAGACACAUUCGAGGAUCGCUAGUCAGUACAUACCAAUUGUUCAUCACUCUCGGCAUAUUCGUCGCAAACUGUAUCAACUUCGGCACAGAGAAAAAGACAAAUACCGCAUCAUGGCGAAUUCCCAUGGGAGUUACAUAUAUCUGGGCUUUGAUCCUCGGAUUCGGCAUGGCCUUGUUCCCGGAAAGUCCGCGACAUGACUAUCGGAAAGGCAAGGCGGACAGAGCUAUAUCCACGCUCGCAAAAAUGUACGGUAUUCCGGAGAACCAUCACGCCUUGAAGAUUGAGUUCGAGGAAAUAAAGCAAAAGUACCAGGAAGAGUUAGAACGGGGCCAGGUAACAUGGGUUCAUCUAUUCAGAGCGCCCCGAAUGGCCUACCGCGUUGCUGUCGGAGUCGCGCUGCAAGCAUUGCAACAGCUGACAGGCGCCAACUACUUCUUCUACUACGGCACGACCAUAUUCCGGGGAGCUGGAAUCCAAAAUAGCUACGUAACCCAGAUGAUCCUCGGUGGGGUGAACUUCGGCACAACAUUCCUAGGGUUGUACUUGAUUGAGAAUUACGGUCGUCGCCGAUCACUGAUUACUGGGGCGCUCUGGAUGUUCGUCUGCUUCAUGGUCUUUGCUUCCGUCGGCCACUUCUCCCUCGACCACGAGCAUCCAGAGCGCACACACUCCGCCGGUGUGGUUAUGGUCGUCUUCGCCUGUCUUUUUAUUCUCGGCUUCGCGAGUACCUGGGGUCCGAUGGUGUGGACUAUCAUUGCUGAACUGUAUCCAACGGAGUACCGAGCUCGCGCCAUGUCUCUUGCGACAGCGUCCAACUGGCUCUGGAAUUUCCUGUUGGCAUUCUUCACGCCGUUCAUCACCAGCGCCAUAGACUUUCGACUUGGAUAUGUCUUUGCGGGCUGUCUUUUCCUUGCUGCGGGGCUGGUUUAUUUCGCGGUUAUGGAAGGGAAAGGCCGCACGCUCGAGGAGAUCGAUACGAUGUAUGUGAUGAAGGUCAAGCCAUGGCAGAGCUCCAAGUUCGUCUUCGAGGAACUGGUGACGACGAACAAUAUGGAAAAACGGACGGCAUCACACGUUUCUGAUACGAAUAACCCCACGACCAUCGGUGAGAAUCAUGUGACUACUGUGUGAGAGUGUCGCGUAUAGGGCCUUGUGAUGUAGAUGCCUAGAUAGAGGAUCACAUGUUUCCAGGGAACCCUAACCAUGCAGACCAAGAGCACCUUGAUUAAAGUCCCAAUACAGGAUACAUUAAUGAGAGAUGACACCGAAUUCACACUUAUCCCCAUCAUUGGCUAGAUCGCUCAAUGCCAUUUUUUGAAGUCGAGGAAUGGAGAGAGGUCGGGUAUCACUGGAGCAUGAUUUGUCGCAACCCUGUUAAGUCUGUACUUAUGUAUGCUUGUGCUGCUAAUUGAUUCGCUCAUGUUUCUCUAAUGAUUGAUGUAUAUUAAACUAGUAGUCAAUGAAUUAUGAUAUGACAUUGGUUAUUCA